GUAAAAUGAAAGUAGUCUACAGCACACCACUCUCAGUCUCACAGAGGACUGCAUGCAGGAAAAGACAUGAUCGUGUCAAGACUUCAACCCAGAUCCGUCAUUCCCCCAAAGCCUUCUAACCUCAAAUCCUUGGGGCCAAACAUCCCAAACCACUUCCAGACCAGAAACCAGAACAGACCAAACCCGAACCAGAACCAACCCCCAUCAGGGGAGAGGAGCCAGGAGAGGAAACAACAUCAACUACUGGAGGGGAAGGUGAAGAGGAUUGUGCGUAAGUUCAGCAGCCAGGAGAAUGAGGUGAUGGGGCAGGCAGGACUAGAGACAAGAACAGGGGUAGAGGCAGGGGCAGAGACAGUGACUGGGGCAAAGCAGGGAGACUGUGGGGUGGUGGGGUGGACAAGGACAAGGACAGAGGCAGGACAGCAGGCAGACAGUAACAGAGGACAGGCAAGGGCCCAGCAGGCCAACUAUGAUGCUAUAAUAAUGAGCCCUGUGGAACUCAGCCUCAUACCACCUCCAGUACCAUUGAGAAAGCCACGUUCUGGCCCUCACACACAACCUACAGCACAACCCACAGCACAGAGUGAUGCCGUGCCCCUGGGGCAGAAGACAGACAACCAUCUGGGCACCCUUCUCACACCUGGACAUGGACGAGGAAACAGAUCAGCUCCCGAUGGAAGUGAGGUGGAUGAAGCGCCUGUGUGUGUUACCAUUGAGAGCAGAGAAACCACAGCGCCUGUGUGUGUUACCAUUGAGAGCAGACAAAACCCUAGUGGUCAUCAUGGCAACAUGACACAGUGCCAGUGCAUCUGUCACCUGAGGAGAACUGGCAUGAAGUUAGUCUGGGUUCCUCUGGAGGAAGAGGAAGAUAACUAUGUAGAGGUGAUAGGGGAUGAAGAAAAAGACAAACGAGGGAAUGAGCACCAGAAGAGAGUGGUGAAGGAGGGGAAGGAAGAGGAUGAAGAUGACUACAUAGAAGUGACAGGGGAUGGAGAGAAAGAAAAACGAGGGAAUCAGGACCAGAAGAGAGAGAGGAAGGAGGUGAAUGAAGAGAUGUUGGGAUCUUUCAGAGCAGAUGAGCGAGGGAGGAAAAGUCAGACAGGGUGCCAGACAGAGACAGCUGCUGUGUUCAGUGAGCACAGAGAGGUCAGAGUUCACGAGGUCAGCGAGAAUAACAGCCAGAGAUCCUUCCCUUCAAAACAUAACACAUCAUCCAACGCAGAAUCUUCCCUGGCCCUGAUGAUCUGCUCACAGCACAGCUCAUAUCAGCAUAGUACACAACAGCACAGCUCAAACACCAAGCACAGCUCACACCAGCACAGCUCACACACCAGACCCCCUCAACACAAAACUGAGACAUAUGAUGAGGUUACAUAUGAGGCCAUGCCCAUGUCUGACAGAGAAGAACCACAUCCACCCCCACUCCCACGCCUAAUGAAACCUCCACUGAUGCACAAGACGCAGCAUCCCUCUCCUCCAAAAGAUAAUCUCCAGAGCAUGUCCACGCCCUCUCUCUCUGGCCUACUAAGCUCAAUUUCAAAGUCAGACAUCCAGAAGAGUACCCCUUCCCCUCAGACUCCUCCCUCCAUCUCCCAUGGCAACCCCCAUCAUCAGCCAAUCCUGCGACCUCUGCCUCCACUUCCUGUUUUACAUGAUCUCUGCCUUCUCCCCUGCCCCAUCAUGCCCCGCCCUCCUCAACUCAGACCUCAGAUUCCAAUGAAACCUCUUCCACCUAACCCUGAGCCCAGUGGCCCUAGCUGUCUCAGCCGACACUCAUCCACAGAUGCUGAUGUUAGGGAUGACUGGGUGACUGUAGACGGGGAGGGCGUAGAGGAGCCACAGGAACAGGCAGAUAGUCCCAGGAGGAUCUCCUCAGACUGGGGACCUUUGAGGCUGGACGAACCUCUGUACCAGAUCUACCAGGCUAAGUCCAUCAAGGAGGCGAUCCAGCUCCAGAGCAUCAGCCGGAGUGCCAGCAGGGCCACCGUGGACCUCCAUAUGAGGCUCAGGGGCGGUGGGUCCUUAGGGGCCCCUAAGGGCCAGUCCUUCAGGGCCAGGAAUGGCCCCGCAGAGGUCACACUGUGGCAGGAGCUACCAGUGGUCAGAGACAGUGGGAUCCUGGAGAGACUCAGUCCAGAGGAGCUGCAGAGACAGGAGAGCAUGUUUGAAGUAUUGACAUCGGAAGCCUCGUACCUCCACUCACUGAACGUUCUCACUGAUCACUUCCUGAUGUGUCGGGACCUUGAUGACACACUGGUGAUCCAUGACAAGAAGACCCUCUUCUCCAACAUACUCCAUGUGUAUGAGGUCAGCCAGAGGUUCUUGAAGGAUCUUCUGAGUAGGAUCGAUGAGAACAUUCUGAUAACUGAUGUGUGUGACAUCAUCCACCAAUAUGCCCUGUACGACUUCUCAGUCUACAUUGAUUACAUCCGUAACCAGGGUUACCAGGAGAGGGCCUACAGCUCCCUCGUGCAGACCAACAACCCAUUUGCGUUGGUGAUGCGGAGGCUGGAGGAGUCUCCUCUAUGUCGUCGUCUUCCCUUCUCCUCCUUUCUGCUCCUUCCUUUCCAGAGGAUCACACGCAUCAAGAUCCUUGUACAGAACAUCCUGAAGAGGACUAAAGAGGGCACUAGGGAGGAGAACACUGCCUCUAGAGCCCUGACCUCAGUGUCUGAGAUCAUCAAGGAGUCCAACACACAGGUGGGCCAGAUGAAGCAGAUGGAGGAACUCAUACAAGUCAAUAACACAUUGGAGUUCAACACACUCAAGGCUGUUCCCAUUGUCUCGAAGGCUCGCUUCCUGGAGAAGAGAGGAGAGCUAUAUGAGCUAUCCAAAGGGGCCUCCCUCUUCAGUUCUCGUCUCAAACUCACCCCCAUCUACCUCUUCCUCUUCAAUGACCUACUCAUCAUCACAUGCAAAAAGAGCUCAGAGCGCUAUAUGGUGACAGACCACACCCACCGCUCCCUGGUGCAGGUCCAGCCCGCGGGGUUUGGGGCUGGAGCGGAGGACCCAGGGCCCAAGUUGGAGCACUCCUUCUGUCUGCUACUGCUGGAAAACCACCGAGGCUUGGCCUGUGAACACCUGCUGAAGGCCCCCUCAGAGUCAGAUAUGCACCGGUGGAUGGCAGCAUUCCCUUCCCUAAAUGACCCAAACAGAAAGGAAGAGGUGGUUUAUGAGGACUGGGAUUGCCCCCAGGUGCAGUGUGUGGAACAAUACGUUGCCCAGCAGGCUGAUGAGCUCACCAUGGAGCCUGCUGACAUUAUCAACGUGCUAUGCAAGACCCAUGAGGGUUGGAAUAAGGGGAUGCGUCUGUCUGACGGAGAGAAGGGUUGGUUCCCUAGCAGAAGCGUGGUGGAGAUAACCAACGAGCAUCGGAGGAGACGGAACCUUCGGGAGCAGUACCGCAUCGCUCAAGCUGCAGCUAAAGUCACAAAGAACUGACUACCUGCAUAUUUGUAUGUGUGUCUGUUGAAGGAAUUCUAAAUUCCUCUGUAUUAUUUCCCAAUCAGAAUUCAAUACUCUGUCAAUGCAUUCGAAGGGCUUGUAGGACCCUAUAUUUUUAUAAGAAUGGGCAGAGCCCCGGUCUUAAGUCAGGUAACAGCGUUUAAUUCAAGAGAGUACUGGGUGCAUACACAUUUUUCCACAGGUUAUAAACUGAAAAUGACAUCAGCGUUUUCUAAAUGUUUUCUCUCUUCAUGACACUAGUAGAGAGGCCCUAUAGUUCUCGAGCCUUUCCUCCUCGCCUGAAGCCAAGGUCAGUCAUUGUAAAUCAGCAUUCUAGACAGUUCAUUCAUUUGUACAAAGGAACAGACCGUCAUUGUUACUAAACUCCUGACUAUAUUAUAUAUAAUUGGGAAUGGGAGCAAGAGAGAAAAUUCAUAUAUGUACAGUACAUAAUAGCAUUUAGACUAGUCAGUCCUGAUUGAAAUGUAUACAUAAUUAGUCAUCAUUGAUAAAAAAUUCCCUUAACAUAUCCACCCUUUGAUUCAAUAUUAUACAUUCAAACACACAUUGUAGUUAUAUUGUAAUAUUGAAAAGCCCAUUUCUAUUAGAGAUAUUUCUUGUCAUCAAAACAUCACCUAAACAUAACCCAACACUUGCAUUCGCCAUAACCGUUUCUCAGGCCUACAUCCGAAUCAUAACUCUUAUCAGGAUUUUCGUUACAAUCUUCAUUAAAAAAGUCUAAUAUUUAGAUGGGAUAUAACCUAGCCUCCCUAAACAUCAAAAAUGGUCUCAUCAAAUAUAAAUUCCCAACAAAUAAAAGAUCCAGAUUCGUCCACUUGUUUUUUAGACAUACAUUCAGUCCUCCACGGGUCAGAACCUGGAAUCGGCCCAUACCGCACCAUCUAUUUUCAUGGAUUUCUCCAGAGUCCUGGAAAUAAGGCCUCAUACACAGGGAAUUAGACAACAGCCCCCUAAAACUAAAACAGUCACACAGGUGAAUGUAGCCCAUAACACAGUGAUCAUAACAUUUUUCCAUUUUCCAAACGUACCAUCAAACCCAAUCAGUCAGAGAAGUAUCCACCCCAGAGUUUUCUGCCAAACCGUGAGCCAGGAUGGUCAAACCAGCUGAGGCUUCGGGCACUGAUUUGUCCGGAGCUGUGUUACUUGGGAUGUAAG